UGGUGUGUCCAGCAGUGUGCAUUCGGGAGGUUGUCUAGUGACGGGUAGUGGCGGCGGCCUUCACCUUUUUUUGUGUUUAUUGUGGCGCUGGGCUGCCCUCCUUCAUUUAAGUAGACAAUAAUUGCAGUGGGAGGUGGUCUUAUUACACCAACACUUCCUCCAAGAUGUCGGGCUGCAUAGAAAUACCCUUGAGGGACAGCGAUGAGGUGAUUGAGUUGGACUUGGCUCAGCUCCCAGAAGGCGAGGAGGUGCUGGGGAUCCUUACCAAUGAGAAGGUUCCCCUCAACUACUGGGUGGAUCUUUCUGUUGAGUACUACAAGCAAAAGAAAGAAGAUGACUUCGUACGCAUCCUGGAGGCAAGCCGCACUGAUGCCAACACCAUGUACAGGGACUCGGAGAAGGACCAGAUGCGGUCCUUUGACACACUGGCAGCUUACUAUGUCCAAAAAGCCAACAAGGAGAAGGACAAGACCAUCAAAAAGGACCUCUUCCAGAAAGCCACCUAUUUGUACACUACUGCGGACAAGAUUAUCAUGUACGACCAGAACCAUCUCCUGGGGCGUGCUUACUUCUGCCUCCUGGAGGGGGACAAGAUGGAGCAGGCUGACGCACAGUUUAACUUUGUGCUGAACCAGUCUGCCAACAACAUACCGUCACUACUAGGAAAGGCUUGCAUUGCCUUCAACAAAAAGGAUUACCGGGGGGCUUUAGCAUUUUAUAAAAAAGCCUUGCGAACCAAUCCCAACUGCCCCGCUGCUGUCCGGCUUGGGAUGGGCCACUGUUUCAUGAAGCUUGGCAAUCAAGAGAAAGCACGCCUGGCCUUUGAACGAGCACUGGAGUUGGACGGCAUGUGUGUGGGGGCUCUGGUUGGGCUGGCCGUGCUGGAGCUCAAUGAGAAGAAGCCUGAGAACAUCCGCCGGGGAGUGCAGAUGUUGUCCAAGGCGUACAACAUUGACUCAACAAACCCCAUGGUGCUGAAUCACUUGGGCAAUCAUUUCUUCUUCAAACAGGAUUUUCAAAAAGUGCAGCACCUUGGUUUACAUGCAUUCCACAACACUGAGAACGAGUCGAUGAGAGCCGAGUCCUGCUACCAGAUGGCUCGGGCAUUCCAUGUUCAGGAGGAUUACUCUCAGGCCUUCCAGUACUACUACCAGGCAACCCAGUAUGCUGCCCCUAACUUUGUCCUGCCUCACUAUGGACUAGGCCAGAUGUACAUUAACAGGGGAGACUCGGAAAAUGCAGCACAGUGCUUUGAGAAAGUACUGAAGGCACAGCCGGGGAAUUAUGAAACCAUGAAGAUUCUCGGGUCCCUGUAUGCCAGUUCUACAUCUCAAAGCAAGAGAGACCUAGCCAAGCAGCAUCUGAAAAAGGUGACCGAGCAGUAUAGUGAAGACGUGGAGGCCUGGAUUGAGUUAGCCCAAAUCCUGGAAGGGAGUGACCUACAGGGCUCUCUGUCUGCCUACCACAAGGCCACCAAGCUGCUUCAGGACCUGGUACAGAUGGACAUUCCCCCGGAGAUCCUCAAUAAUAUAGCUGCUCUUCACUUUAGGCUUGGGAACUACGAAGAAGCCCACAAGUAUUUCCAGGAGGCUUGGGACCGAUGUGAGUCUGAGAAGGAACAAGACCUACAGUACUACUCCUCCAUCUCCGUCACCAUCAAGUACAACACCGCCCGCCUGCACGAGAUGUUCUGCCAGUACGACAAAGCUGAAAAACUCUACAAGGAAAUUUUGCAAGAUCACCCGAAUUAUGUUGAUUGUUACCUUCGCCUUGGCUGCAUGGCGAGGGACCGCGGGCAGAUCUAUGACGCAUCAGAUUGGUACAAGGAGGCUUUGCGAAUGAACAAUGAACACCCUGAUGCCUGGUCACUCAUGGGAAACCUUCAUCUAGCCAAGAACGAGUGGGGUCCCGGACAGAAGAAGUUUGAGCGAAUUCUGAAAAACCCAAGCACCACAAACGACUCUUACUCCCUGAUUGCCCUUGGGAACGUGUGGUUGACAACUCUCCACCAACCUCACCGAGACAAGGAGAAGGAGAGCAAACAUCAGGACCGAGCUCUGGCCAUGUACAAGACCGUGCUUAGGGGAGACCCAAGAAGUAUUUGGGCCGCCAAUGGCAUAGGCGCUGUGCUGGCCCACAAAGGCUACAUCAAUGAGGCGAGAGACAUCUUUGCUCAGGUGCGAGAGGCAACAGCUGACUUCAGUGACGUGUGGAUGAACAUUGCUCAUAUUUAUGUGGAGCAAAAGCAGUACAUCAAUGCAAUCCAGAUGUAUGAAAAUUGCCAAAAGAAGUUCUUCAAAUACCCAAAUGUUGAGGUUCUCGGCUACCUUGCUCGUGCUUACUUCAAGGCGGCCAAGCUGAAGGAAGCCAAAUACACACUUCUCAAGGCUCGGCACGUGGCCCCACACGACACAGUGAUUUUGUACAACCUGGCCCUUGUCCUGCAGCGGCUAGCCAUGCAGGUACUGAGGGAUGAGAAGUCACUGCUCAAGACGGUGCUUGCUGCUGUCCAUGAGCUGACCCUGGCUCAAAAAUACUUCCAACACUUGAGUGUGAAUGGUGACAGGCUUAAGUAUGACCUCGGUGCAGCAGCGGCAGAAGCCAACCAGUGCCGGGACUUGCUCUCCCAGGCCCAGUACCACGUGGUGAGGGCCCGCAAACAGGAUGACGAGGAGAAGGCCCUGCGUCGCAAACAGGAUGAAGAAAGGCAAGCGCUGAAGCAGAAGGUGGUGGAGGAGCAGCUGAAGAGAGAGGAAAGGAGGAAGCAACUCAUGGAGGAGAAGAUGAAAGCUCGUGAAGAGUACAAGGAGAAGAUGAAGAAUGCUCUCGUCAUAACCGAGCCAGUGGACGCCCCGCGCAGGGGAGGACGAGGCAGGAAGAGGGACAUGGAGAUCUUGUCGGACGGCUCUGGAGGAGGCAGCGGCAAUGAAGGAGGGGAGCCCAGGAUGAAGAAAGCUCGUGGACGCAAGAAGAAGGAGAAUACUGGCCGAAAACGCUCCAAGAAGGGCAAAGGUGGCGCCCAGAGUGACGACGAUGAUGAAGGUGGACGCUCAAGGGGCCGGAAGGGUGGGAAAGGCCGCAAGAAGUCCGAAGAAGGUCUCUCGGCCAGGCAGAAAGGUCGUAUCGUCUCCAAGGCCACCAUUUCCGAUUCCUCCGAUGACUCCGACGACGAACGACUCAAGAUUGCCAGCGGUUCUGACAGUGACCGAGGCAGUACCGCCGGGAAGAGCAAGCGGCGCAGGGUCAUGUCGGACUCAGGUUCAGACAGGUCCAGGUCCAGAUCGAGGUCACGUAAAGCCUCUAGGUCACGCUCCAGAUCUAGGUCAGGUUCCAGGUCGUCUUCCAGGUCGAGAUCGCGCUCCGGUUCCAGGUCACGCAGCCGCAGUGGGUCAAGGAAGAGUGGGUCGGCCUCCAGAUCCAGGUCAAGGAGCAGGUCACGGUCAGCUGGCAGUCGCUCUGCCUCAAGAUCAAAGUCAAGAUCCCCUGCCCGUUCAAGGUCAGGGUCUCCGAGGUCAAAGUCUGGGUCACCAAGAUCAAGGUCAAGGUCAAAGUCUGGCUCCAGGUCACCCGCACGUUCCAGAUCAAGGUCAAAGUCUGGCUCCAGGUCACCCGCACGUUCCAGAUCAAGGUCAGGUUCUCGGUCCAGGUCGCGUUCACCUGCCAGAUCAAGGUCAGGUUCCCCAAGGUCAAAAUCUGGGUCACGAUCGCCUGCCGGGUCAAGAUCAGGAUCACGGUCGCCUGCCAGGUCGAGGUCUGUGUCCCGGUCGCCUGUCAGGUCACGAUCAGGCUCCCCGAGGUCACGCUCAGGGUCACGCUCCCCCACCAGGUCCAGGUCGGGCUCGCCAAGGUCACGGUCAAGGUCACCCGCCAAGUCACGAUCCGGCAGCGACAGCGAGUAAGUUGGCCGCGUCUGGCCGGUUUUUUUAUUAAUUUUCUGGCCACCACGCGUAGAGGUUUGUGUUCUUUAGGUUACAUUUAUCUUUGUGGCGGUGAUUUGGUAACCUCACCAGACAGAUUGAAAGUCACACGUGGAAUAGCAAUUUUGACAAUGAACUGUGUAAAGAAACCUCUCCUUAGUUUAAAGUGUUUAUAUUUAAAGUUCAAUAGUUCAUGAUGCCCUUUUGAAUUGAUUAAGACAGUGAAUUGAGACAUCAGUUUGUAGAUGCAGCAUAUAUAAUCUUUGCUGCUUGUGGUGUAUCUAUAUCCCUCAUAAAAUUUGAAAAAACUCCA